AUGGGCGAGAGGCUGGAGCUCCGGCUGAAGUCGCCCGUGGGAGCCGAGCCCGCCGUCUACCCCUGGCCGCUGCCCGUCUACGACAAACACCAUGAUGCUGCUCAUGAAAUUAUUGAGACAAUUCGGUGGGUCUGUGAAGAAAUCCCCGAUCUCAAGCUUGCUAUGGAAAACUAUGUUUUAAUUGACUAUGAUACAAAAAGCUUUGAAAGCAUGCAGAGGCUUUGUGACAAGUACAACCGAGCCAUUGAUAGCAUUCAUCAGUUGUGGAAGGGAACCACCCAACCGAUGAAACUGAACACUCGUCCCUCCAACGGGCUCCUCCGGCACAUCCUACAGCAAGUGUAUAACCACUCGGUGACUGAUCCAGAGAAACUAAACAACUAUGAGCCCUUUUCCCCAGAGGUUUACGGAGAAACUUCCUUUGACUUAGUGGCCCAAAUGAUAGAUGAAAUUAAAAUGACAGAGGAUGAUUUGUUUGUUGACUUGGGCAGUGGUGUGGGUCAGGUGGUGCUUCAAGUGGCUGCAGCCACAAACUGCAAACAUCACUAUGGUGUGGAGAAAGCUGAUAUUCCAGCCAAAUAUGCUGAGACGAUGGACAGAGAGUUCAGAAAGUGGAUGAAAUGGUAUGGGAAAAAACAUGCAGAAUACACACUGGAAAGAGGUGACUUCCUCUCAGAAGAAUGGAGAGAGAGAAUUGCAAACACAAGUGUUAUUUUUGUGAAUAAUUUUGCCUUUGGUCCUGAGGUGGAUCACCAACUGAAGGAGCGAUUUGCGAACAUGAAGGAAGGUGGGAGAAUUGUGUCCUCAAAACCUUUUGCACCUCUAAAUUUUAGAAUUAACAGUCGAAACUUGAGUGAUAUUGGCACUAUAAUGAGAGUUGUGGAGCUAUCACCACUGAAAGGGUCUGUGUCAUGGACCGGGAAACCAGUUUCUUACUACCUGCAUACUAUUGACCGAACCAUACUUGAAAACUAUUUUUCUAGUCUCAAAAAUCCAAAACUCAGGGAGGAACAAGAGGCAGCUAGACGUCGUCAACAAAGAGAAAAUAAGAGCAACACAACUACUCCAACGAAGGUUCAAGAAAACAAGGUGAACACCCUGCAUUUUCAUAGAGAUUCUGGUGCUGAAGAAGAAAAGGCUGCGGCAAAUUCUGUUAAAAAGCCAUCUCCCUCCAAAGCACGGAAGAAAAAGCUAAGUAAAAAAGGAAGGAAAAUGGCAGGCAGGAAAAGAGGACGUCCCAAGAAAAUGAACACUGCAAAUACAGAGCGCAAGACCAAGAAGAACCAAACUGCACUAGAACUUCUGCAUGCUCAAACUGUUUCACAAACAUCUUCAUCCUCUCCUCAGGAUGCAUACAAGUCACCUCAUAGCCCAUAUUACCAACUACCUCCUAAAGUGCAACGGCAUUCAUCUAACCAGCUACUGGUGACACCUACCCCACCUGCACUACAGAAGCUGCUAGACUCUUUUAAGAUCCAGUACAUGCAGUUCAUGGCAUACAUGAAAACUCCUCAGUAUAAAGCAAGUCUGCAACAGUUACUGGAGCAGGAAAAGGAAAAGAAUGCUCAGUUACUGGGGACAGCACAGCAGUUAUUCACCCACUGCCAGGCACAGAAAGAGGAAAUCAAACGUCUUUUUCAGCAGAAACUUGAUGAGUUGGGAGUUAAAGCUCUAACAUACAAUGACCUGAUUCAGGCUCAGAAGGAAAUCUCUGCUCACAAUCAGCAACUGAAAGAACAGACGAAACAGCUGGAGAAGGAUAACAGUGAACUCAGGAACCAGAGCUUACAGCUGCUUAAGGCACGAUGUGAAGAACUGAAGCUGGAUUGGUCAACGUUGUCACUGGAGAACUUGCUGAAAGAGAAGCAGGCGUUGAAGAAUCAGAUUUCUGAGAAACAAAAGCACUGUUUGGAAUUGCAGAUCAGCAUUGUGGAACUUGAGAAGAGUCAAAGACAGCAGGAGCUCAUGCAGCUGAAAUCGUACACGCCAUCUGAUGAGUCACUGUCAGUACAGCUACGCAAUAAAAACCAUUUGAGCCGUGAUCCUGAGGCUGAUCAUGGCAGGUUCCAACUGGAGCUUGAAUGCUCUAAGUUUCCUAUGCCCCACAUCAAUGGCAUGAGCCCUGAACUGUCCAUGAACGGCCAUGCUACUCCUUAUGAAAUUCAUAACAGCUUCAGCAGGCCCUCUUCCAAGCAGAACCCUCAGUACACGACCUCUCACCUGGACCAAGAAAUAGUUCCGUGUACCCCAAACCACAGCAGCAGACAGAAGGCAGACAAGAUGACAAGCUUGUCCUUACCUGAUUAUACCAGGUUUUCCCCAGCUAAAAUAGCACUAAGGAGACACUUGAAUCAAGACCAUGGAAUCAAUGGAAAAGCAACAGCUAAUGAGAUACAUUCCAGAGCUGACCACGUCAAAGAGAAUGGCCUUACAUAUCCAAGCCCUGGUAUUUCAAAUGGCAUAAAGCUGAGUCCUCAGGAAACUCGGCCCUCUUCCCCAGCGGCCUUACCAAUUGCAGGCGAGAAGAACAAAGAAAAAGUUUUGAGAGAGAGAACCUCUGUGAGUAAUGGAGAAACUAUCACCAGCCUACCUAUCAGUAUUCCUCUCAGCACAGUGCAGCCCAAUAAACUCCCUGUUAGUAUCCCUCUGGCCAGCGUAGUCCUACCUAGCCGUGUUGAGAAGGUGAGAAGCACACCUAGCCCAGUUCAUCAGAGUAGAGACUCAUCGACACUUGAAAAGCAGAUUGGUGCUAGUUCUCAUAAUGGCGUAAGCAAUGCUGCUGGAAACAAGCCACUGGCUUUGGCUACCUCAGGUUUUUCUUACUCUUCUGGCUCCGUGGCAGUCAAUGGAAAUCUUACAAACAGCCCAGCCCAUCUUAACCAUAGUGUUGAUCAGGCAGCUCUGGACGACUCUGGGAGUCUGUUUAACUCAGUAGGGUCUCGGAGUUCCACUCCACAACAUCCUUUGCUAAUGAUGCAGUCAAGGAACUCUGGGCAAAACUCCCCUGCUCACCAGCACUCAACAAGCCCCAGGUUAAAUGGCACCUCCCAGAGCCUGGUAGGGGUAUUGCAAUAUGCAGAUGCUCAGAAGAUGUUUGCCGAAGGAACAAAGGGGGAUCUUCAGUCUGAUGCAGCGUUUUCAGAUCCUGAGAACGAGGCCAAGAGAAGAAUCAUCUUUACAAUCUCUCCUAAUACAGGACAUGUAAAACAAUCCCCUUCCAACAAGCACAGUCCUCUGCCCACGAGCGCUCGGCUGGACUGUGGCCAAGCACACGCGCAGGAUGGGAAGAAGCGAGGCCGGCGGAAGAGAUCCUCUACUGGGAAUCUCAGCGGGAACUCCGGGGUCUCCCCUAAACGCAAAUCCUUACCUACUGUGUCUGGACUCUUUACGCAACCAUCAGGUUCACCGCUCAAUAUCAACUCCAUGGUCAAUAACAUUAACCAGCCUUUAGAAAUAACAGCCAUUUCCUCUCCUGAAAACUCCCUGAAGAACUCUCCUGUUCCUUACCAGGACAAUGACCAGCCCCCGGUACUGAAAAAGGAAAAGCCCCUCAUGCAGACCAACGGCGUUCAUUACUCUCCUCUAACAUCAGACGAAGAGCAGGGAUCUGAAGAUGAGCACAAUAGCAGCAGAAUUGAGAGGAAAAUUGCAACAAUAUCAUUGGAAAGCAAAUCUCCACAGAAGACUGUUGAAAAUGGCGGCAGCUUAUCUGGGAGGAAACAAGCACAAAGCAACGAAAACAUGAAUAGCAGUAAAUGGAAAUCUACUUUUUCGCCGAUAUCUGACAUCAACCUGACCAAAACUACAGAUAGUCCCUUGCAGUCGGUUUCAUCUCUGAGCCAGAAUUCACUGUUUGCCUUCAGGCCGUCCUCCGAGGAUAGCCUUGCCAUCGACGCCAAGAUCACAGCACACACAAGGAAAAGCAUUGCCAUGCCCUCGUCUGGGGCAGACGGGCUCAGCCCUAGUACAAACUCCACUAACGGAUUCACGUACAACGGUGGACUGUCAACUGACAUUGGUUUACACAGCUUUAUCGAUGGUGCUUCUCUUCCGCAUAAGGCUUCAGACGUGACGACUUCCAACUGCUCCCUGGGUUUCCAGUCACAGCGAAGCAAAGAUGUGGGGGUAUCGGAAACGAAUCCUUUUUUGAACAAGAGGCAACUUGAAGGCCUCAGCGGCACGAAAGGAGAAGACUUAAAUCGGUCAGGGGUCAAAGGCAAAGAGAUCAGCGAAAUAAACAUUCGUACUGGGGGUUCUUCAGAAAAAAACUCUUUGCAGCAUAACGGAAAGGUUGGCAAAGGAAGGGACCGAGAUGUGGAGUUUAAAAAUGGCCACAACCUUUUCAUUUCUGCUGCUGUUUCAUCUGGUGGCCUUCUGAAUGGUAAAAGCCUUUCUACUGCUGUUUCUUCAGCAGGCAACCCAGCAUCUUCUGUUCAGACGCACCAUCCUUUCCUAAACACUUUGACCACUGGAUCGCAGUUCCCCCUCGGCCCCAUGGCCUUGCAAGCAAACCUCAACUCGGUGACAAAUUCCUCAGUAUUGCAGUCCUUAUUUAAUUCAAUGCCAGCUGCUGCCAGUCUGGUCCACGUGUCAUCAGCUGCAACCAGACUGACUAAUUCUCACACUAUGGGGAACUUCUCUCCUGGGGUUACAGGUGGAACAGUUGGAGGUAUUUUUAACCAUGCGGUGCCUUCUGCCUCCUCUCCUCAUCAAUUUGGAGCCAGUUUCAGCAGCAGUGCUGUCUCUAGCAGCACAGUGCUAAGCUUAAACCCUCUGCAGGCUGUUGCCAGCACCUCAUCCUCAUCCUUCCCACCCCCUUCCUCUAAUUUAGUAACAUCUAGUGAGACUAGAUCUGCUCAGCACCUCAACAGAGCGCCAGUGCAAUCUGUUUUCCAUUCCCCUCCGCCUCCUAACGUUUCAUUGCCCCCACCUCCUCCAUUACUUGCUUCUAACUCCGAGCCUGCGCUUCUGCAGAACCUGCCAUCCAUCCCACCUGGCGAAGCUUUUUUGCCAUCCUCUUCUGCUGCUUCUGUCCAAUCUGCUAAUGCUUCUUUGUCUAUUAAGCUAGCUUCUCUCCAGCACAAAACCUCCCGCCCCUCCUUUACAGUCCAUCACCCGCCUCUGCCCCGUUUGGCGCUGGCACAGUCCGCGCCCAUGAUCACGCAGUCCAACGCAGCUGGCACGUCCGCUAUGUGGGUUACACUUGGCAUGCAGUCUCCUUAUGCUUCGCACCUUUCUGGGGUUAAGCCACGAUAAAGAGCUUGCUUAGCUAACAGUUCUUAUUUUGUAAGGUAAGGCUAGAGGAAAAAAAAAAAAAAAA